GCAGAGGUGCACCCAGCUGAUUCAGCUCUCUAUCUCCUCUGCAGAAGCUCUUCUGAAGCUGCACCUGGACGAUCGCUCACCAUGAAGCUGCUCUUCGGGUCCCUGUGCGUGUUCCUGGCCCUGGCCAUGAGCCUCGGUGCUCCAUCGCAUCAUGCUGACACUCAUGGUGACCAUGACUCCUCCCACGCCGGUGACCAUGAUCAUCACAAAGAUGACCACCAUGCGGACAAACUUGACCGCUGUGAUGGGAUCGAAUUUGAUGCCAUUACUGUCGAUGAAAAAGGCAUCCCCUACUUCUUUAAAGGCGACCACCUGUGGAAGGGUUUUUAUGCACAUGCCGAGCUUUCCAACGCUACCUUUCAUGAGCUAGACGACCAGCACCACUUGGGACACGUGGAUGCUGCAUUCAGAAUGCACAAUCCAGACCGACAUAAGCACCAUGACCACAGUGAUGAGCACGGAGACCAAUACCACGACCACGUCCUCUUCUUUAUGGAUGACAAGGUCUUCAUUUACGACGACCACAACCUGGAGAAGGGCUUUCCAAAGGAAAUCCGGGGGGUGUUUCCGGGAAUCCCCAGCCAUCUGGAUGCUGCUGUGGAAUGCCCCAAGGACGAGUGUGAAACCGACUCUGUACUCUUCUUUAAAGGGGACAAGGUCUACCACUUCGAGAUAGAGAAGAAGGAAGCACACGAGGAGGACUGGGCUCAUCUUCCCAACUGCACAUCAGCUUUCCGUUGGCUGGGUCACUACUACUGUUUCCAUGGACAUGAGUUCACCAAGUUCAACCCAGUCACCGGAAAAGUCACUGGAAAUUAUCCGAAGGAUGCGCGAGACUUCUUCAUGAAGUGUCCCAAGUUCGCCAAGGACAGUGACCACACGGAGAGAGAGAAAUGUAGCCGUGUGCACCUGGAUGACAUCACAUCUGAUGACGCAGGCAACAUCUAUGCUUUCAGAGGUCAUUACUAUCUUCACCGUGCUCCUGACAACAAGACCUGGAAAGCUCACCCCAUUAAUGACACCUGGAAAGAGAUACACAGUGAUGUGGAUACAGUGUUUUCCUACAAUAACAAUCUUUACAUGAUCAAGGGCAAUCAGGUCUAUGUUUAUAGUACGGGAGAGAAGCAAUCACUACUGGAUGGCUACCCAAAGCCUGUGAGUGAGGAGCUUGGAAUUAAAGGCCACGUGGAUGUCGCCUUCGUUUGCAACAAUGCACACGUUUUAUACGUCAUUCAAGGAGACAAGAUGCAUGAGGUGGACCUACAGAGCCACCCUCGGGAGAAAGGCACGGAGUAUAAACUGCCUUUCCAGCAUAUUGAUGCAGGAACAUGCGGUUCAGAUGGAGUGAAGAUCAUGGAGGGCUCUUACUUCUACCAGUAUGAGAGCCCCAGACUCAUGGCCACCAGUAGGAUACUCCCUGUGAAACACACAAUCUCUGUUGAACUAUUUGGUUGUGAUCAUUAGAGUGGAGAGUUUAUGGAAAGGACAGAUUUCCAACAACAGGAUGCUUCGAGCACCUCAGCCCAAUGCACACAGUGCUGAGUGACGAGCGGUUGGCAGUUUGUUUCCUUUGAUGUUCCAGCCUCCUGCCUUUAGCGUUGCUCACUUUCCAAUUGGCCAGAAUGUUUCCCUCACCUCUCUCUCCUGCCCAUCAUCAGCACUGUUCAGCCAACUUCAGGGCCUUCA